AUGUCGAGGCAAGCUAAAUUUGAUUAUUUAAAAAACUGCAAACGUUGCUUCAACUGUCUUGGACUUCACAAUUUUGAAUACUGUGCUUCCAAAAAUUCAUGUAGACUAUGCAAAUCAACUCGUCACCAUACUAGCCUCCAUCCAGAUAAUCAAUCUGUCAAUCAGUCAGAUAAUCUAUCUGACAUCCCGAACAAUAACAGCCUCCACAUUGAAAGAAAAGUUUCGGAAUCUGAAUCUGCUACCCCCAAUGAUAUUAUCAAUUCAUAUCAUAUCAAUAAGAAGUCUAUUUGUGUUGGACAAGUGCUUCUUGGUACUGUUCAAGCUAGAAUUGAAUCUGCUGACGGUACAAAGCUCCAAGUUAGGGCUGUGUUAGAUCCAGGGUCUCAAAUUUCUGCUAUCAGUCAGAAACUGGUGAAAAAAUUGGGUUUAAAAAUUAAUUCAAUCAAUAUGUCUAUUUCUGGUAUUGGUCAGACCAAUGCGCAACCAUUAGGUUUAAUAGAUUGCAAGUUGUAUCCCAGAACGGGAUUGGAGUACUUGCAAGUACACGCUGUUGUAUUACCUGAAAUUAACAACAAUAUACCUUCUGCCCCUUUGUCACAGGAAAUAAUUAAACAUUUCGAGCACUUGAAUUUGGCUGACGAAACAUCUCAUAUUUCUCAACCCAUAGAUAUUCUCCUAGGUGCUGAUACUUAUUCUAUCGUUUUUGAACGUGACGGUCGUAUUUCGUCUCCUGGAUAUCCUACUGCCGUAAAUACAUUUUUCGGUUGGACAAUCAUAGGUCCCAUAAAUGAAAUGUGUUCUUCUAAGAAGUCAGUACUUUUGACUCAAUCUGAUCUCAGCGAACAGAUGCAAAAAUGUUGGUCGUUGGAAGAAGUUGGAGAAACUAAUAUUAUAGAUCCUGUAGAUGAUUACGUGGAAAAACAUUUCGUAUCUACUCAUUUUCGUGACGAAAGUGGUCGCUAUGUAGUGUCAUUACCAUUCAAGUUGGAUAAUCCAAAUCCAGUGCUUUCUUUUAAUUCAAAAAGAUCAUUGAAAUCUUACUUCUCUCUCGAAAAUCGAUUGAUGAAAGACGAAGCUUCCUUGAAUUUAUAUAACGACUUUAUGUCAGAAUAUUUGAAAUUGAAUCAUAUGUCACGUGCCAAAACUUCCAAUAGUUAUGUGAUACCGCAUCAUGUUGUUCGUACAGACUCUAGCUCAACCACGAAGCUGCGAGUUGUAUUUAACGCCUCAGAUUUAGAUAGUUUGGGUAAAUCGUUGAAUGAUAUGUUGUUGGGAGGUCCCAAAUUACAGAAAUAUAUUCAAAUAAUUUUGCUUUCAUUCAGAAUGUAUCCUAUCGUAAUUUGUGCAGAUAUAGAGAAAAUGUUCAGACAAAUUCUAGUAUGUCCUUCAGACCGCAAAUUUCAACAUAUAUAUUGGCGUUCAUCCCCAGAUCAGCCUGUAACAGAAUUCGAAUUGAACACUGUCACUUAUGGUUUGAAACCUUCGGCGUUCUUGGCUUUACGAGUGUUGAAACAACUCGUAUUUGACGAGGGAAAAGAUUUUCCUAGAGCAUCUAAAGUUUUAGAUGAUGAUAUAUAUGUCGAUGACAUUUUAACCGGUGCCUUUAAUGUUCAGGAAGCUAUCGAACUGCGUGAUGAGCUUCAGGAAAUGUUGAAGAAAGGCGGAUUUUCUUUGAAAAAGUUUUCGAGCAACUGUCUCGAUAUUUUGAAUGACCUGCCCCCUGAUCAUAUUGAGGCUAAGUUAGAUUUUAACGAUGAUAGCAUGGGAAUAAAAAUUUUGGGUUUGAGUUGGAUUCCAGCGGUAGAUUCUUUCGUUUUUAAUGUAAAUGAAUUCAAUGAAAAACCAAGUAAACGUUCAAUUUUAUCCUACAUUGCACGUAUAUUCGAUCCAGUGGGCUUUUUAUCACCUAUUGUAAUUUCAAUGAAGCUUUUAAUACAAAAAUUAUGGUCGGAAAAACAUGAUAUGGAUGACCCCCUGUCAGAUGCUUGUCAUGGUGACUGGUCGAGAAUAGUGAAUGAAAUUCAGUUGCUAUCAAAUAUUAAAAUUCCACGGUCUAUUAUUUCUGCUCCUGAAAGUAGCGUUAUAUUAGCGGGAUUUUGUGAUGCUUCCGAGAAAGCUUACGCAGCCACUAUAUACAUAUCCGUAAAAUUCAAGAAUCACAUAUACGCCCAUCUUUGGAUUGCAAAAACCAAAGUGGCUCCAUUGAAAACUCUGUCUAUUCCUCGACUGGAACUAUCUGCUGCAGUCUUGUUGACCAAACUGGUCAAGGUUAUUUUGGAAAAUGUAUUUCCAGUGCCAAUUUCUGAGGUUCGUUUAUUUUGCGACUCUCAAAUUGUCCUUUCAUGGAUAAAAACCCCGCCUCAUAGGCUCAAAACGUUUAUUGCAAAUCGAGUAGUCGCAAUAAACGAUUAUGUUCCGGGUGCUUCAUGGCAUCAUAUCCAAACGGAUUCCAACCCCGCCGAUUUGCCUUCACGAGGUCUCACCCCUCAACAGUUCAUGAACCCGGAAAUUCAAAAAUUUUGGUUUCAUGGUCCUGAAUUUCUGUCGAUGCCUGUUAUUAAUUGGCCAACACCCUUUGUCAAUUCUGACAUUGAAACUUGCUUAUUACCUGAGUUGAAACCAAGUCUUCAUGUUGCAAUUGCAACCAAACCUACAACUAACCAAUUUAUAAAUAUUUUGGAUACCUUUUCAAGUUUGAAUAGGCUGAAAACAGUAUUUGCUUACGUUAGGAGAUUCACUUAUAAUUGUCUGAAUUCGAAAACACGUUUGUCUGGUCCACUUUCACAAGCUGAGCUCAAAGAAGCUCUACAUUCCAUUAUUUUGAUUACUCAAAAUCACCACUUUGAUCAAUUGAGUCAGAGUUUAUCAUAA